ACACGCCAUCGUGGCCGCACAUCAUUGGGUCUUCGCGUAUCUUCUUUCCUCUCUGCCAAUCUCCUUCUCGCCCUCUUGCUCUCGCCCGUCUAGGGUUCUAAAUUCAUCGUCUUUUUCCCUCUUUCGAUCGGAUCUCGACGCAUCUGAAGCUUGGAUUGUGUGGUUUGUCUUCGGUUGGAGUUUCCGGUUUGGAAAUUUUGGUUGUCACUGCAGUGGCGCUUACAUUUCAGCAUCGUCAUCCUUGAAUAGUGCUAAAGGUGUCACUGUUUAAGGUGUGCCCAUCUGCCAUUGCUUUGGAAAGCUUUAAUUAAGAUGCACUUCCUUGCAUCAUUUCAACAAAAUGCAGGUGUUGAAUCGUUUAUUAAAGCUACCAGACAAUGGACACCAAGAAAUUCAUGCAGUUGGUGGAAGAGAAGAAGAAGAGAAUACUUGAGAAGAAGGAAGCACCCUUGAAAUGGGAACAGAAGCUUGAAGCUGCAAAGGCAAAAGCUGAAGCUGAAGCUGAAGCUGAAGCUAAGGGAAAGGAGAAAAAACAGAAAAUCAAGAAGCACAAAAGAAAGAAUUCAUCGGCAUCCGACUAUGACAGUGAUUCUGAUAGCAGUGACACAGAACGAAAGCUCAAGAAGAGAAGUCACAAGAAGCAUCGAAGUCACCAUUCCAAGAAACGGCACUCUAGGUCAAGUGACGAGAGCAGCCUUGAUGAGUAUGAAAGUGAAUCUGACGGGGGUAGGCACAAGAAGAAGCACUCUCAUAAGAAGAGGCAGAAACACCAUCCUUCAAGAACUGACUCCAAUUCUGACUCAAGCAGUGAAGAUGAAGCUGAGACUGGGCGGAAAGGUCAUUCUAGGCCCCACAAACGGCAUCGCCGAUCAAGUGCUGAUAAUUCAUCAGAUUCUGAAGAUAACAAAACCCAUAGGAGGCAGCACAAGCAGCAUAUCAGAUUGAGCAGUGGUGACUCAAUUUCAGAAUCUGAUGACCAGAGAAAUGCUAGGAGAAGUAGAUCACUUGGAAAGUCCUCUGAUGACAACAGUGAAGAGAUUGGAGAACCAAGAAAUUUCAAAAAGUCUCAUCACCGGCAUGGGCACCACCACCACCAUCAUGACCGCCAUCAUCAUCACAGCCAUCGCCACCACCCGGAUUCCACCGAGGCAAACCUUGUGGACAAGGGUAUGUGAAGAAAUGUAGCCUCUGGUUGGAUGCACUGACCCUGACUCUUUUAAUUUGCCCACUUUUUCUACAAAACUCAUGGGAAAAUUAUUGGUUGGAAGAAAAGGCAUGGAGUGAUCUUUUCCUGACUUUGGGUUGUGUCAUUCAUUUUAGCCUGAGUAUGCUGUUUUAUUUGUUGAAUGAAUAGUCUGUAGGAUUGUAUUCAAUGUUUUUUCUUCCUUAAAUUAUAACAUAUAUUAUAUGUUCA